UCUGACAAAAUGAAACCAGUGUCGGUGGCUUUGCUGUUGGUGGCUUCGGUCGCGUUCGCCCAGGCAGCACCCGGGCUACGUGUGGUGAACGGUGAAACAGCUACCCUUGGACAGUUCCCGUACCAGGUGCGACUUACCCUGCACGUUGGCGACGGUCAGCGUGCUCUGUGCGGUGGUUCGCUGCUGAACGAAGAGUGGGUUCUAACGGCGGGACACUGCGUAAUGUUGGCCAAAUCCGUGGAAGUCCAUCUCGGUGCAGUUGACUUCGAUGGUGGUCUGGUGCUGGAGUCGACCGAGUUCUUCAAGCACGAGAAAUACAACCCACUGUUUGUGGCGAACGAUGUCGCGCUGGUGAAGCUACCGCAGAAGGUUGAGUUCAACGAGAAUGUGCAACCUGUCCGACUGCCGACUGGAAACGAUGACUUUGCCGGCGAAUCUGUGGUUGUUAGUGGAUGGGGUCUGACGGAGAACGGUGGACCAGUAUCUCAGCAGCUGCAGUACGCUACGCUCCAGGUCAUCACGAACUCCGAGUGCCAGAAAACGUUCAGCCCGUUGGUGGUCCGCAAGUCGACCCUGUGUGCCCGUGGUGAUGAGAAGGAAUCGCCCUGCAACGGUGACUCCGGUGGUCCGCUGGUACUGGCCGAAGACAAGACACUGGUCGGUGUGGUUAGCUUCGGCCAUGCGCUCGGCUGUGAGCGUGGUUUCCCGGCUGCAUUCGCACGUGUUACCGCCUUCAGAGAUUGGGUGAAGAAGCAUACUGGUGUGUAAGAAA